GCUGCGGCAAAAAAAAAAGUUACUGAUAAUUUUCCUCAUACGAGUCAUCACCUUUUCAUCAACAAACACGCUCAUUCUCACAAAAAAGAAAAAUGAGCUUCGUAAGGGCGUUUUCUUUCCUCACGGUCGUGAGCGUUGUUACAUACACGAUUCUAUCAGUGGCCACGUCAUUGAGUGGCGGAUCCCCCGCUGUGCAGACGGGUAAUGAAACCCACCAGAUUCCCUCGUUUGGACUGGGGACUUGGUUGGCUGAGAAGGGAGAGGUUGCGCAUGCGGUGGAAUAUGCUUUGAGGGCGGGUUAUCGCCACGUCGACGCUGCUGCUAUCUACCGAAAUGAGGAGGAGGUUGGGCAGGGCAUCAAGGCAUCGGGUGUAUCGCGCGAUAAGAUUUGGGUGACGAGUAAGCUUUGGAAUACGGAUCAUCGACCUGAACUCGUGCGCAAAGCCAUUGAAAAGUCUAUCGCCAAUCUUGGCGUUGAGUACCUUGAUCUUUACCUCAUUCACUGGCCAGUCGCUUGGGUUCCUGGUACGAAGGACCUUGACAAUGACACCUCCAUCAUCGAAACUUGGAAGGCUAUGGAAGAGCUUGUCCGCGAUGGGUUAACACGCAACAUUGGUAUUUCCAACUUUGCGCCAAAGGAUAUCAACAACAUCCUCCAAAUCGCUACCAUCCGACCUUACGCCCACGAAUUCGAAACCCAUCCCUAUCUCCAACAACAAUCCUUCGUCGACUUUCACACCAGCGAAAACAUCAAAGUGAUAGCAUACUCACCACUCGCCAACACAAAUCCCACCUACAACCCCGACAUUCCGAGCAUUCUCCACGAUGAGUUCUGGUCCAAACUAGCCGCUAGCAAAAACGCGACGGUGGCGCAGACGGUGUUGGCUUGGGGCCAGCAGAGGGGUACUGUGGUGAUUCCCAAGAGUACGCAUGAGAAGUACAUUGAUGAGAAUUUUGGAUCGCAGGAGAUUACAUUCACGGAGGAUGAGUUGAAGGAGGUGGCGAAGAAGGAUAAGAAGUAUAGGUUUUUGAAUCCUGGGAAGGGAUGGGGCGUUGAUCUGUUUGAGGGUCUUGAUGGGGGGUCGAAGAAGGAGGAGGAUGAUAGAAAUGAGGAGUUAUAAUGGCACAGUCGAUUGAGCGGACUAAUAGAUGAAGGAUAUUUUUAGAUGUUAUUAUUAAUACAAGAUACCAAAUCCAUCGGAUAUACGGAAAAUGCGCUCAGGAACCGAGCGGCUUAUCUCUUGGCAACUCUAUUACAAUGCGGUCGAUAUGCUUGGAAAUAGGCGGGUUUUAAACGAAGUGUUACUAUUGAGUUGAAUGUUUCCUAGUCUUUUACUAUGAGAAAUUCGUACUAGACAAUCCGACGUGGUUUAAUCAACUAUGGAAAUAUGCGGAACUGGGUACUGCGUCAAAAUACUUAAACGAUCCACGUAGCUUCUCAAAUCACGAAUUGC